AUGUCCGCCCCUCUGGCGGUAAGCCUACCUGGCGGCAUUACCUAUGGGAUUCUUGGGACAAAUCACCGGAAGAAAGACGACUCAUUUUCAAACUCCAAUCUGAAUUCUGCCUUUGUAUCAGGUAUGAAGGAGGACAUGUCUCUUUAUGGGAACGAACUCAACUAUGCCAAUACUGCUUUCGCAGUAGCAAAUAUCAUCGGCAUCUGGCCGUGCAAUCUCUUACUCACCCGGUCCAACCCAAAGUGGUUCAUUCCCAUGAUUGAAGCUGGCUGGACUUUGGUCACGUUUACUCAGGCUGCCAUGACGAAGCCAAUUCACAUGUAUGUGCUGCGAUUUAUUCUCGGUCUGUUUGAGACCGGCCACUACUCCGCCAUUGUCUACCUCUGUGGAGGAUGGUAUCAGAAAACUGAGCUGGCUCGAAGACUCGCAAUCAUCAAUUGUGCCACGGCGAUUGGUCCCAUGUUUAGCUCAUAUCUGCAAGCUGCUGCGUACACUGGUCUCAACGGUGUCCACGGGAUGGCGGGUUGGCAGUGGUUGUUUGUUAUUGACGGAGUGAUCUCAAUCGGUGUGAUCAUUCCACAAGUAUUCUUCUUCCCCGACGUCCCAGCUCGCCAAAAGCCGGAUCUGGUAUUUAGUCGCGAGGAGAUUGAGCUCGCAAGAGAUCGCAACCCCAAGGAAGGCAGAGUCAAACAGGGAAAGUUCACCUGGCCUCAAGUUAAACGCUGGCUGCUCAACCCAGAUAUCUGGCUGUUAUGGGUCAUUUCCAUUUGCAACUCCGUGGGUCAGCAAGUCGCUGUCUCCAUGUCUUUCUGGCUCAAAGCUUGGAACUCAAUCAAGCCUGGAUCGUACACAGUCGCUCAGAUCAACAACUAUACCACUCCAAUUCAAGCCGUGACCAUCGUUGUCACGAUCUUCAUGUGUUGGACCAGCGACACAUGGUUGCGUGGUCGAAGAUGGCCGAUGCUUGUCCUUGGCGGUGUUCAGAAUGCUAUCGUCUGUAUCAUCCUGGCUGCCACGCCGGUGUUUCCCAACAAUCGCACGUUUAGAUGGGUCUUGUACUACAACAGCGGAUGGGCACAGGCAAGCAACAGUAUGUUCUGGGCUUGGACACAAGAUACACUGUCGGGGGAUCCUGGCAUGCGUGCCUGGGGCUCUGCAGGUUUGAAUGCAUGGGCGUGGACUGCUAUUGCCACUAUUCCUCUGGGGGCUUUCAAGACGACAGAUCAGCCUGCGGUCAUUAUCGGCAACUACACUGCAGCAGGGUGUCUCUUUUUGCUGGCUGGAACAGCUAUAUUGCUGGCUUAUAUUCAGCAUCGACGGGCAAGGAACAACAUGGGCACUGAAGGAGAGGACCUCGGGCCUGUACAGCCCGUAGGACACAUCGGUGCUGCUAGCUUGGAUCCGGUGAAGGUACCAGAUGCUUUGGUGGACAAGUUGUAG